AAAAAACCAUCCUCAUUUACAACACCAAAAAAUUUAAACUCCAGGCGUCCACCUCGUUAUCAAGGGGAAUCACAGGGUGGACAGAGACCGCAGACACAGAACCCCGGAUCAGCCAGACGACAUCUGAACCCUACCCGAGAAAUCAGGAGGGGAGAGGUGCCAGGAACGAGGCCAGGAAGGAAAACCUAAGAAGCAAGACUCUCAGGGAAAGAUAUUAACAAUUUCUCAGAUCUACUCCUCAUCCACUAUGGAGCCAUCUUACCCUGGUAGUAGGAAUAUUAUCAGGGAAGCCCUUCGACUAGGACAAAUUCCAGAAUCGGCGUAUGAAAUCUGUUUAGCGUCAGUGAGAUCAUCCACUUUAAAACAAUAUAACUCUGGAUUAAAAGCUUGGUGGAUUUUUUGUACUACUAGUAAAAUUAGCCUAUUUUCACCUUCUAUACCAAAUGUUUUAAAGUUUCUAUGUAUCCAUUUUGAAAAAGGGGCUUCUUAUGGAACAUUGAACUCUUAUCGUUCAGCUAUAGCUCAGGUCUUAGGCCCUAGCAUAGCUCAGGAUUUUAGAGUUAAAAGAUUUUUUCAAGGAGUUUAUCAAUUAAGGCCUAGUAAACCCAAAUAUACUAAUACUUGGGGCCCAAGCAUCGUCCUAAAUUUUGUUAAAAAAUUAAACAAUGAUCAUAUUACUUUAGAAUAUCUUACAUAUAAGUUAGCUAUUCUUUUAGCUCUCACUACUGGUCAAAGGGUUCAAACUUUGUCCUUAAUUGAUACUAAAAAUAUAUUUCAAUCAGAAAAAGGUGUAGAAAUUAAAAUUACAGACAAAAUAAAAACUUCUGGUAAAAAUGCUUUUCAACCUAUAUUAACUUUACCAUUUUAUAAAGAGGAUAUUUCUGUUUGUGUUGCCACUACACUUAUAUGUUAUUUAGGGAGAACUAAAGUUUUUCGAUCCAAUGAUGUCAAAUAUAGUAAACUUUUGUUAACUUUUAAAAAACCAAUUCAUAAUGCUACAGCCCAAACCAUCUCUAGAUGGAUCAAAAAGCUAAUGAAGGAAUCUGGAGUAGAUAUAACAAAAUUUACUCCUCACACUACUCGGCAUGCUUCAACAUCAGCCGCUUUUAAAAAAGGAAUUACUUUUGACACCAUUCGAUCGGCGGCUGGUUGGUCUGCGAAUUCAAAAACUUUCGCAGUUUUUUAUAACAGACCCAUAAAAAAUUUAUCUUCUUUUGCUCAGGCAGUACUUGAGUACACAGAGUUCUUAAGUAUAAAAUGUAUAUUUCUUAUAUAUAAUAUAUUCUUCAUACAAUAUAGAUUUAAGUAAUGAUUUAUAUGAUAUAAGUUUAUUAUUACAUGUUUUGUUGUUGCAAUUAGUUUUUUAGCGUUGUUUCUCUAAUACUUAAUCUAUAUUUUUUUUUGUUGAAAUCAUGAGUUCAUGAUAUUUCUUACUACCUUACUGGUGAGAGUU